AAAAAACUUGAUUUUCGAAGAAAGCGUGCUAAACAUGGCAGGAGCUGGAGCGGAAUAUUUGGCCUCGAUAUUUGGUACAGAGAAAGAUAAAGUGAACUGUUCAUUUUACUUCAAGAUUGGAGCAUGUCGUCAUGGUGACAGGUGUUCUCGUAUCCAUAACAAACCAACAUUUAGCCAGACUGUCCUUCUUCAAAAUUUAUAUCAAAGUCCCCAAAGUGCAGCUCAAGUUACUGAUGGUUCAGGUAGCGCUAUAUCUGAUGUUGAAGCACAAGAACAUUAUGAUAGAUUCUUUGAGGAUGUAUUUCUUGAGCUUGAAAAGUAUGGUGAGAUUGAGGAGAUGAACGUUUGUGAUAAUUUGGGUGAUCAUCUUGUGGGAAAUGUUUACAUCAAGUAUCGUCGUGAGGAAGAUGCUGAAAAAGCAUGUAAAAUCUUGAAUUCACGAUGGUAUGAUGGUCAGGCUAUUUAUGCUGAACUUUCUCCAGUGACAGACUUCAGAGAAGCUUGUUGCAGACAAUAUGAAAUGGGAGAGUGUACACGUGGUGGAUUUUGCAAUUUCAUGCACAUGCGACCUAUUUCUCGUGAAUUGAGACGAGAGUUGUAUGGUCGAGUAAGAAGAAACAAAAGACCGGCUUAUCGCUCUCCUUCUCCCUAUAAACGUCGUUCCAAUUCUCAUUCUCCUCGAAGAAAAUCAAGAUCUCGCUCUCCAAGGCGAUAAAAGGGCUUCCACAAAUAUUGGUUGAACUUUCUUCAUAUUUUAAAGCAACUUUGUUUCUUCUGUUUAUUAUUUACUUUAACAUUUGCUUUGUUGAAUAUAAAAUAUCUUUAAAAUGUUUGUUAGUGUCAACUGUCAAGAAGUGCUUACACAAAUGAUAAUCAAUAAUAAACCAAAACUGCUGACGUGAAAUAAUCAACGAUCAAAUGAUUAA